AUGGUAAGCACCAGGCCAAAGUUCCCCAAGAAAAUUCCCCCGGGCACCACCAUUGACAUCACCACAACCCCCUCACCACCAAAAACUAGAGAAAAAGGCAAAGGCAAGGUGGCAGCCUCUUUCUCCACCAAAACCCCAACCGAACCUGCCCCAAAAUCACCCUCACCGGCGAAGCCAGAGGAAGUCGAGGCCACCAUCACAAAGGCUACCGAGGAAACUCCCACCGAAGAACAGUCGAAGACGGAGCCAGCCAAGAAGCGAGGAAAGCGCAUCAAGGUAGCUGCAAAGAAGGAGAAGAAACCUGCUCUGCCCGAGUCAGAAUCUGAAUCCUCCUCCACCAGAAAGAGUCCAGACAAGGCCGCCACCCCUCCUGUACCCAUGGAGGAGGAGGUAGCGGAAGUAAAAGAAACGGAGAAAGAAGGCGGAAGAAGCGGCGGCGGAGAAGGAUGA